AUGGGCGAUAGCUGCGCUUGCUUCGACCUCAUCGCCGGUGUUGAAACAGACACUGAGAUCGACCGUAGCAAGCGUCAACUCGAUGUGGUCAUCCAAGCCACGCCUGCUUUCGUACUUAUUGGUUCCUUCCGCUUUUUCCGGCAGACGGACAUCAAGUUCAGGGACGACGCAUUGUACGCCCUGCAUGUGCGGGUACGCUUCUUCUUCUCAGCCAUUGUACCGACCUCAUCACUUCUCAAGGUUGCGGGCAUGAAUGCGAGUGUAGCUGCUGCAGACGUGGCCUCUUCGUAUGUAACAACACCUACUAUGGUGCAGUUGAUUGGGGACGUAGACUCGGCAUCGGUGAGCUGCCCUUUCCUCCCACGUAUCCUCGAUUCUCACCAAGUGCAACGCAGGUCGUUGGACCGAUCACGAACAUGA